CCUAGUCCCAAACUUUUCGAACAACUAAGAAAAAUCAAUUUCUUAACCAACAAAAAAUUUCCUAAACUGUGGAGAGAAGCAGAAAGCCACCUUCCUCCCCCUCUCUCUCUCUCUCACCAUGGCGGCCUCCGUGGAGAACCGGCAAUUCCCCCACCUCGAACCGGUCCUAUCCGGCGUCGGCCGCCCCUACAAACCCGGUCCGACCUCCCAGCACCGGCCCGGUUCGCCGGUUCGCGGCUGCAACUUCCCACCAUCAACCAAGCCCAAUACGAAUGGCAAUGCUAGAGCCGCUUAUGACUCGAGCAGCGACGACGAAGACGACGACGAAGCCAACCAAGGCUACUCCCUCCUCAUAAAGAAGGGCAACGCCGAGCUCGAGCCGUCGGUUCUCGACUCGAGGGACGAGUACACGGCCGACAACUGGGUCGAGCGCAACCCGUCCAUGGUCCGGCUCACCGGAAAACAUCCCUUCAACGCGGAGGCGCCACUCCCGCGCCUCAUGCACCACGGCUUCAUCACCCCCGUGCCCCUCCACUAUGUCCGCAAUCACGGCGCCGUUCCAAAGGCGUCGUGGGACGACUGGACCGUGGAGAUCACCGGUCUGGUCAAGAAACCGGUCCGGCUCACCAUGCAACAGCUCGUGACCGAGUUCCCGAGCCGCGAAUUCCCGGUCAGCCUGGUCUGCGCCGGAAACCGGCGCAAGGAGCAGAACAUGGUGAAGCAGACCAUCGGCUUCAACUGGGGCGCGGCCGGCGUCUCCACCUCCGUGUGGCGGGGCGUGCCCCUACGCGCCAUAUUGAAGCGUUGCGGGAUCAUGAGCCGGAAGAAGGGCGCCCUCAACGUGUGCUUCGAGGGGGCCGAGGACCUCCCCGGAGGCGGAGGCUCCAAAUACGGCACGAGCUUGAAGAAGGAGAUGGCCAUGGAUCCGGCCAGAGACAUCAUACUCGCCUACAUGCAGAACGGCGAGCGUCUCUCGCCGGAUCACGGCUUUCCGGUCAGGAUUAUCAUCCCCGGAUUCAUCGGCGGGAGAAUGGUCAAGUGGCUCAAGAGGAUUAUUGUUACUCCUCAAGAAUCGGAGAAUUAUUACCACUUUAAGGAUAAUAGGGUUCUUCCGUCUCACGUCGACGCCGAGCUCGCAAAUGCUGAAGCUUGGUGGUACAAGCCUGAGCACAUAAUAAACGAGCUGAAUAUCAACUCGGUCAUAACGACGCCGUGUCACGAGGAGAUCUUGCCCAUCAAUGCGUGGACGACUCAAAGGCCUUACACGUUGAGAGGCUACUCCUACUCCGGUGGUGGGAAGAAAGUGACAAGAGUUGAGGUGACGAUGGAUGGUGGUGAAACAUGGCAAGUUUGCUCAUUGGACCAUCCGGAAAAGCCUAACAAAUAUGGCAAGUAUUGGUGUUGGUGUUUCUGGUCCUUGGAGGUCGAGGUGCUCGACCUCCUCGGAGCCAAGGAGAUCGCUGUCCGGGCUUGGGACGAGACGCUCAACACACAGCCCGAGAAGCUCAUUUGGAACCUCAUGGGCAUGAUGAACAAUUGUUGGUUUCGGGUAAAAACCAAUGUUUGCAAACCGCACAGGGGAGAGAUCGGGAUCGUGUUUGAGCACCCGACCCAGCCCGGCAACAUGUCGGGUGGAUGGAUGGCGAAGGAGCGACACCUCGAGAAAUCCUCGAACGAGAUCCCUACCUUAAAGAAGAGUGUCUCAUCCCCCUUCAUGAACACUGCCACCAAGAUGUUCUCGUCCUCAGAGGUCCGAAAGCACAACUCGGCCGACUCGGCGUGGAUCAUCGUCCACGGCCACGUCUAUGACUGCACCCGUUUUCUCAAGGAUCACCCUGGCGGCACCGAUAGCAUCCUCAUCAAUGCUGGCACUGACUGCACCGAGGAGUUCGACGCCAUCCACUCUGACAAGGCCAAGAAGCUCCUCGAGGACUACCGCAUCGGCGAGCUCAUCACCACCGGCUACGCCUCCGCCGAUUCCUCCCCAAACAACUCCGUCCACGGCCCAUCCGGCAGUCUAUACCUCGCCCCGAUUAAAGAGGUGGUGGCGUCACAACGCAACGCCGCCCUCAGCCCCCGCGAGAAGAUCCCCUGCAAACUCGUCGACAAGACCUCUCUCUCCCAUGACGUCCGAAAAUUCAAAUUUGCCCUCCCUAGCGACGAUCAAGUCCUAGGGCUCCCCGUCGGAAAACACAUCUUCGUUUGUGCCACUGUUGACGACAAGCUUUGCAUGCGGGCCUACACGCCUUCUAGCGAUGUGGAGACCGUCGGGUACUUCGAACUCGUGGUCAAAGUCUACUUCAAGGGGGUCCACCCUAAGUUUCCCAACGGCGGCCUUAUGUCACAACAUUUAGACUCGCUCGAGCUUGGUUCAUUUAUUGAUAUAAAAGGCCCCUUAGGGCACAUCGAGUACACAGGAAAGGGCAACUUCGUGGUACAUGGCAAACAACGGUUUGCAAAAAAACUCGCCAUGAUUGCCGGCGGCACCGGAAUCACGCCGAUUUACCAAGUGAUGCAGGCGAUUCUCAAGGACCCCGAGGAUCAAACGGAGAUGUUUGUCGUCUAUGCGAAUCGAACCGAAGACGACAUUCUAUUAAGAGACGAGCUCGAUUCAUGGGCAGAGAAGUACCCAAACAGAGUCAAAGUAUGGUAUGUUGUUCAAGAGAGCAUCACAGAGGAUUGGAAGUAUAGCUUAGGGUUUGUGACAGAGGGAAUUUUGAGAGAGCAUAUUCCAACGGCGGCAGAGAUGGCGUUGGCGUUGGCUUGUGGGCCGCCACCGAUGCUGCAAUUUGCGGUGAACCCGAAUUUGGAGAAGAUGGGGUAUGAUGUGAAGGAGGAUUUAUUGGUGUUUUAGAUGAAAUAAGAGUAAUUCGCGGGGGGAUGGAUUCAUAAUAUUUUUUUUUAAUGUGGUUGUAUAUAUUUGUUUGCACUACAUCCUCUGUAAUAUUUGUGUCAUAUGUCCUGGACUAGUGGACAUCGCAUGAUUUGUUAUUUUCCUCUUUGAAAAUUUAAUAGUUUUACUUUUUGAUUAAUUAGUCUUUUUUUAUGUAAGAGAGUUGUAAUAAUGUAAAUGUACCAAAGUCCAAUAGAGUUAUACACUUCCUUCUUCAUUA